AUGGACUACGAUACGCAUGGACAUCCUGCUGCUCCGGCGGGAGAUAUUGGGAAUCAUGUUAUUCCCAAAGUUGUUGUUUAUCUCGCUGGAAUCAUUGGUCUUCUCGCCGUCACCGUUAGACUUUAUGCUAGGUAUGCCAUUAAGAAGCUGGGAAUCCCAGAUGCUUUGUUGGUGAUAUCGAUGGGAUUUUUCAUAGUCAUUCUGUAUAAUGGAUACCAAGGUGGAAUUUAUCCCGGCCUCGGUGUCCAUAAUUGGCAGUUCAACCCUGAACUCGCGACAACUUCACACUUCGACUACAAACUCGCAACUAUAUCUUUUGGUCUUGGGAUAGCAUUCUUGAAGGUUGCCAUAUUGCUCGAUUGGGUAAAUAUAUUUGUGCCCACGGGCACUCGCAAUAGUUUAUUUUGGAUUCUGCAAUUUUUAAUUUGGAGCAAUGCCUUAUUUUACUUCAUUGGGUCCUUCAUUGAUGGCUUGAUAUGCCAGCAAAAGAACUUGGUUACUGCCAAGUGCGGUGCCAAGCUAAUGAAGUAUAUCGUCGCUUCAGGUGUUGUUAAUCUGGUUUCAGAUCUCAUCAUUCUCAUAACACCCCAUUGGGUGAUAUGGAAGCUCAACAUGUCCACCACUCAAAAGAAGGGCAUUUCAUUGUUAUUCGUAAUAGGCUUACUAGCAAUUGGCAGUGCGCUGGCUCGUUUGAUAUCUGUCAUAAAUGCGUAUCACAAACGCGAUAUGCUGUAUUAUGCUGUCAUGGUAAAUAUCUUGGCAAUAUUAGAGCAGACAUUCGGUUUCCUCGUCAUCGGCGUACCAGCGAUUCCAAAGGCCUUCCAUAACUCUCGCUGGGCCAAACGCUUCGGGACUCUUUUGCCUCGAUCCAAACAGCCCUCGAAUUCCAUAUAUCAUCGUGAGCAAGGAACAUGGCCAGUUUCUGGCCGGCGACGACAUCAAGACCCAUGGGAUACAGAUACACGGGCUUUAGUAAUCGGCGACGAAGACGAGGAUAUUGCAUUGCCAGAGCAGACACAUAUACAGCACGGUAGGCGAAAUUGCUCGAAGGAUGAGUUGGGAAUAAAUGCUUAG